GUUAGAGGUAAAAUAGAAAAGAUUAGAAUAGAAAGUUGAAACUAUCAAUAUUAAUUAAUAGGGAGUUGGCGUAUUUAAAGAAUAAACUUUAAUGUCGUUUCUUUUAUUAUUUCAGAGCAACACAUUAUCGUUUUAUUGAUUGGCCGAUCCUAAAAACUAUCAUUAUAAAAUGACAUUUUUGUUUGUAAAAGUCGAUUGGAAAUGGAGAAACUACGUUUUGAAUUUACACUGUUGCCUGGAAGUGAUGGAAAAUCAAACAUUACUUCUAUAACCUCAAUAGCCACGAUGGAUAAUAAAGUAUAUAAAAUACCGGAAGAGUUACAGUCAGCCAGUCUUCAUAAAGAAAUUGUGAAAACACCUGCGUAUAUCAAAGUAAAAAAUAGUUUAAAAAAAAGGUACCAGUCAAGAAGAAUAUAACAAUGACAAAAGAACUCGAAAAGACCUACAUAGAUGAGGAUGGUAAUUUACAAUUUGGGGAUCUAUAUCUAGAAGAAAUCAGCCAAGAAACACUUGCUACUCAGAAAACAGAAACAGGUACAUUAGAAAAAUUGUUUGAAAAGCUAGUAGAAAGUACACAGGCGAGUAAAAAUCAGAGCUUAAAACAUAUUGCAGAAAAGUUUGUGAUUGAUAAAUUCACAAGUAAACAUUCCAAUGCAAACCAAUGGAUUGAAUUGUUUGAAAAAGAAUGCAUGCGGUUUGAUGUGACAACAGAUGAAAAAAAAAUUGAAAUAUUCAGGUUAUUUUUGGAUAAAAGUUGUGUAGAUUGGUGUAGUUCAAUGAUCAUAAAAUUAACCAUGAACUCGGAAUGGUUGACAUGGAAAAACAAAUUCUGUGAGACAUUCGCAAACAAGGAAUGGAACCCAGUCACAUAUGCAUUAUUAUUUAAAUACAAAGAAGGUUCAUUAUUGGAUUACGCUAUGAGGAAAGAAAAACUUUUACUGGAAAUGAGAAGAACAAUUGACACAGGUACUUUGGUGGAUCUUAUUGCAGCGGGUUUACCAGAAUUUAUAGUUAAUAGGAUUGAUAGGGAAGUGUUGCAAGACACGGUGGAUCUGUUCAAUGAAGUGAGCAAGUAUGAACAUAUGGUAAAUAAAAGAGUUUUAUUGAAUAAGAAAAGAUAUGAAUAUCCUAAAAUUAAUACUAAAAAUGAACAUAAAUACCCAUGCAAGAUUUGUGAACACUUAAAUAAAGGCACUCGGUACCACGCUGAAACUACAUGUUGGUUUAGAACAAAAGAGGAUGAUAAGUUAAAGAAAAAAUUUAUCAAACAUGUAAACAAUUCGGUGAUUGAAGCUGAGUUAAAUGAAACCGAUCAAAAAAACUAAUAGUAACACCAUUAAUAAAUGUCAAACUACUAAUAAAUGAUAAAUUACAAAUUACUGGAGUUUAUGAUUCAGGUUCAAAUGUUUCUUUGAUUAAUUCAAAAUUGCUAAAAUUAAAAGGAAAAGGACACAUUUUGAAUAAAGCUAAUUUAGUAACAAUUAAUGGUGUUAAAAAGACAAGUGGUUUGAUGAAUUUGAAAAUAAAAAUUUUUGAACUAGAAAAAAAUGUUGAUGUUUACAUAAUCGAUGAACAAAACUUUAAUUAUGAUUUUUUGAUUGGAUUAGACAUAAUAAAAAUGUUUAAACUUAUUCAAAAUGAAGACUUAACAAUAACACAAAAUCAAUUUAAUAUUGAAACAAAAAAAAUUAAAGAGGUUUUGAAAAAUAUACAAGACAAGAAUAACAUUACUAGAGAACACAAAAUAAAUUUCAACGAACAUGUUAAGGUUAGACAGGAAGAGCAUAUUUUUUUACGCACCAAUAUGUUUUUGGUUAUCGGAUGCAUAUGUACAUUAAGUUAUUGAUUGUUCCUUAUUUUAGGGACUCAAUUAAAACAUUAAAAGAUAAACAGCGGUCAGAAUCAGAAGCUAUAGCUACAGUAUACAGAUAUGUUUGACCUGGAAACACAUAAUGCGGCGAGUACAUCGUCUCACAACAAAAUUAAAGGAAAAAUCCGAAAAAGGUUAUUAGAAAACACGUGCAGCACGUAUUUAGGGCAGGUAUUGAGUAUCGUAACACCUUUGAGCACAUAACUAAUGGUAUUGGGACUGAAAUACUGAACCAAUUACUACGCGCUACGUAAUUCGUAGAGUACUACAUAUUACGUAGCUCGUAGAAAUUGGUGCGUACACCUGCUUUAACGCAACGCUAUAAUCGCUACGCUUACAAUUCUGACUACUAUAUGAAGAAACCGCAAAAUAAGUUACUUGUUAUUUGUUAGAGAAAAAUCUUUUCAUAUUACUAUAUGAUUUAACUAUAUCUCAAGUUAACUGCGAGCAAAGCUUUCAUUUGAUACUGUAUUUAUUCUGCAUUUUCUUGUCGCCUAGAAACACCCAGAAUUCAGUACCUAAAAUGCUCAGCAUUGAAAGUCAGACCAAUAUUAUUUAUUUCCUUUCGGGCGAUAAGGGCGGUAGAAGACAUACAACUAAGUGACGUUUCUCCGCAAUACCAAGCAAUGGAGCCGAUCACAGAGCAGACCUGAGAUCGGUCGACCAGUAUUUCAAAAUAUUAACUGAAUAAAAUAUAUAUAAAUCUGUAGUCAAAUCAUAUGAUCUUUUUAUAUUGAUGGGCUUAAUACCACAAUGCUCAGGGCAGCUGGGACGCAAAAUAUCAGUGGAGCUAAGUAAGUAAAGAUAUUUUCACAGUUAGAACUCAUUAAUCCAAAAUUCAAAUAUUUUAAUUUGAAAUAAGAUGUGAUAUCACUUAUUUAAAGUCAAAAAUUACCACCCAAUCGCGUAAGUAUCCCUCAGAUCUGAGAAGAACGUGCAAGAAAGCGGGCUUCUAGUUUUUCCUAAAAAUAUGGUUACAAUAUAAUAUCGUACAAUAA